UGUUUGUAACGAAACAAACAAAGUGCAAAUUAAAGCAGAAGAAAUGAGCUUAACUAAAAUCUACCUACGUUAUUACCCACCAGGUUUGGCGCUCAACUGUCGCAACGCCGAUGGCAAGGAAACGCUGCAUCACAUAGAUCUGCUCAACCUAAAAGCGAACACACGCGUGGAGAGUGUGAUCAAAACCAUUACAAACGAUUUACAAAACUCUCAGGCAGUAGGUCAGAGAUUUUGCAGCACCGUAGCACCGGAUUGUGCGGCUGGCGUCAGUGAUAAACAACAAAAACAGAUAUUGAACUCACCACCAGCUGACAAGAAAAACACAACAACUGAUACGCACUUUCUACAACAAAUUAUCGACAACUAUACGGAUCCGCUGCGACAGGCCAUUGCGAAACUGCAACGCAAAUUGUUGGAGCCCACACAGAAGAAAUUCUAUUCGCAACGUCGUGUGACACACCUGUUGCCACUGACCAACAUCUGCUUCGAUAGAAGCGGUACACGCUGCUUGACCGGCAGUUACGACCGCAUUUGUCGCAUUAUCAACACGCACGACGCCGUGGAGGAGCAGCUACUGAAGGGGCACGAUAAUGUUGUCUUCUCCGUUGCCUUUAAUCAGCCAAAAUGCAACAAGGUGGUCACCGGCUCGUUCGAUGGCACGGCGCGUGUGUGGCAAGCUUCGAACGGCCAAUCGCUGUGCACGCUGUACGGUCACACAGCCGAACUGGUGAUGGCCGAAUUCGAUCCCAUACAAUCGCGUGUUAUUGCCACCGCUUCCAUGGAUGGUAGCGCGCGCUUAUUUGACAUCGAGACGGCCUUUGAGCUACAGCAAUUGCGUCAACACGGCGCCGAGGUGAUUGUAAGUCGCUUCAGUCGCUGUGGCAAUAUGUUGCUUACCGCAUCCUUUGACAGCACCGCUGCCAUUUGGGACAUACGUAGCGGCUGCCUCAGCACUCAACUGCGCGGACACACUGCCGAACUAAGUAACUGUGUGUGGAGUUUCUCCUGUGAUCGCAUAGCCACGGCUUCGUUGGACAGCACCGCCCAGCUAUGGGAUGUACGUCGACUGAAUGUGCCGUUACACAAGAUAACGGGGCAUCGCGAGGAGGUGCUGGACGUUUGUUUUGACUCAACCGGUGGUCGGUUGGCCACAUGUAGCAGCGACUGUACGGCACGGGUGUGGGACGUACGUGGCGAUUUAGUGCAGCUCUCCGUUAUGGAGGGUCAUAAAGAUGAGGUGUCAAAGGUUUGCUUUAGUCCACCAGGUUCUCUACUCAUGACGGCUUCUGCCGAUAACACGGCGCGCCUAUGGUUUACAGAGUCCGGUCAGUGUUCACAGGUUUUAAGCGGCCACGAUUCGGAAGUAUUCUCGUGCGCAUUUAGCUAUGCAGGUGACAUUAUAGUCACGGCUUCGAAAGACAACACUUGUCGCUUGUGGAGAUGAUACGACUGGUAUACGGUGGCGUUUAAUGACUUGGAUUGAAGUGAUGUGGUUUAUA